ACCGUAAAAAAAGACGGCGGUCGUUGCCGUCUUUUUCGCACAUGGCACCCCUUCGAGGAAACAUGCAGUUUAUUCUGACAAUAUUAUAUGGUCUCUUUGUUAUCUCCGCGCUUGGAGACCCGAUUAGAACAAAAAGAGAGCCGCCCAUAAGCUCGCAAUACGGAGCACCGCCAGCGACGUCCUAUGGGGCACCCAACGCAGGGCCUUCUGAUUCUUACGGGCCACCACCAUCGAACUCUUAUGGACCACCGUCCGAUUCGUACGGUGCCCCACCUCCGCCACCGUCGUCGUCUUAUGGUGCCCCACCAUCGUCGUCUUACGGUGCCCCAUCCGGACCCUCGUCGUCCUAUGGUGCUCCCUCUGGGCCCUCGUCGUCUUAUGGUGCCCCAUCUGGGCCCUCGUCGUCUUAUGGUGCGCCUUCGCAGAGUUAUGGGGCACCGUCCGGGUCUUAUGGACCACCGGCGCACGAUCACCAGCCGAAAGGUGUCUGGAAGAAGAAAUUGGUAUGGAAACCCGAGUGGAAACAGAUCUGGAAAACUGAGUCCAAGAUGACUUGGAAGCAGGUAUGGAAAAAGGUGCAGGUGCCGGUUUGGAAGGAAGUUCAAGUACCUGCUUGGAAGGAGAUCAAGGUACCCGCCUGGAAGAAGGUCCAGAAACCUAUUUGGAAGGAGAUACAAGUGCCGAUUUGGAAGGAGGUCCAAGUACCAGCUUGGAAGAAAGUCUGGAAACCCGUUUGGAAGGAAGUCCAGGUUCCCGUGUGGAAGGAAGUUCAAGUACCCGAUUGGAAAAAGAUCUGGGUACCGGAAUGGAUCAAGGUCGGUAUCCCGGGCGAGCAGUACGUGGGUAAGGAUCAUCACGGUUGGGAGUACACCAGCCACAGUCUCUGGAAGAAGAAGCUGAUUUGGAAGCCGGUCUGGAAGAAGAUCUGGAAAACGGAGAAGAAGCAAGUGUGGGUGAACGACAAGAAGCUGGAAUGGAAGGAAGAGUGGAAGCAAAUCUGGAAGACGGAGAAGAAGCAGGCCUGGGCGACGGACAAGAAGCUGGUUUGGCAAGAGGAGUCGGUGCAAGUGUGGGUACCACAAAAGAAACAGAUCUGGGUCACUCAAAAGAAACAGGUGUGGAAAGACGAAUGGAAAAGCAAGUGGGUUCCGGUUUGGAAGGACGUGCAAGUACCGGCUUGGAAGAAGAUCUGGAAGCCUGUCUGGGAGAAAGUAUGGGUCCCGAUUGAGCCCCACCAUGACGAAGGUCAUCAUGGUUACAAGUAGAGGGUCACAGUAGAGGAUCGAGCCGAUCUUCCUUUCUGCAACCAUCUCGUGACGUGCCGAGAUCGAAAGGUCGCGGAAAAUUAUCUGGGAAUCGUCGGCGCCAAGAAAGUCGGUCGAACUUUAUAGUCUUGUGAUAAUGAAUUACUUGCCGAUAGGUAUAUACAUAUAUAAAGAGAGAAACAAAAAAGGAGUCGUCAAUAAAUUUAUACCACGAGGAGAAAAGUAAAGUUGUUCGGUUAACAAGUUAGAAAGCAUCGUAACGAGCGGUGAAAUAUGCACGGAAAUCAAGAAAAAUUUUCAAUCGGUUAUCUCGAUGAUAAUGCAACGAAAAUUGCAUAUCUUCCGAUUUUAUAUAAAAUAUCGCACGAAAAAAUCAGAAUAAUUGGUCGUCGAAUUAUCAAGAUGUCGUUGUAACAGAUAUGAAAAUGUUAUUUUUAAACGUUAGUAUCUAUAUUAUAUCUCGAAAAAGCAAGGCAUAUAUACUAAUAACUGAUCUUUAUUAAAUAAAUUUAUAGCGACAAGAUUCAAUUUCAGUUAUUUUACUAAAUUAUGUUUUAAAGCAAAUUAUCAUAAAAAAAAGUUAU